AAGAAAAGAAGGGGGGCAAAAAAAAAAAAAAGAAGAGAGAGAUGAUGGCAAAGGCGGCGGCGGCGAAGAAGGGCCGGCCGCGGAAGAAGCGGAAGGGCCGCAUAGCACGCCCCGAUCCCCCACUCCCCGUCCUCCUCCGCCGCCCCCCUCCCCCUCCCUCGCGGGCACCGGAGCCCCCCCGACGCACCCUCCGCCCACGCCGGCGGCGCCGUUCCCUCCACGACUUCACCGAGGACGAAGAAGAAGAGAGGGGGAGAAGGAAGCUGAAGCUCGUCCUCAAGCUCCCCAACAUUACUCCUUCCAGAAGGGAUGAGCGGUGCUCCGACUCGCCGGCGCGCGCCCCUAGGUCUCGGAGGAUUCCAUCUUCCGGCCACGUGGCGUCAUCCUCGUCGUCCGCGUCGUCCUCCUCGUACGUGGAUGAUGACGAGGAGGAUGGAGAGGAGGCGGCGGAAGGGGAGGAGACCAUCAAGCCCCCCAAGAAGAGGAGGAUCGAGGGUUGUGAUGAUGGCGUUGGCUCGGAUGGAUCCCGUGACCUGGAGAGAGGAAGGAAGAAUGUGCUUCGAAGAUGUUCCAAGGGCUCCUUUUCAGUUGGCGCAGAGCUAUCAUCCAAGUCGUUCGCAGGAACCCCUUUACCGGAGAGGAAAACACUGGAGGCGAUUCUCGAUAAGCUUCAGAAGAAAGACACAUAUGGGGUGUUUGCAGAGCCAGUGGAUCCGGAAGAGCUUCCUGACUACCAUGACGUAAUUGAGCAUCCGAUGGACUUUGGCACUAUAAGGAAGAAGCUUGCAAGUAAUGCCUACCUCUCCUUUGAGCAAUAUGAGGAUGAUGUCUUCUUAAUUUGCAGUAAUGCCAUGCAAUAUAAUGCACCAGAUACCAUAUACUUUAGACAGGCGCGUUCCAUUCAAGACAUGGCAAGACAAAAAUUUCAGAAACUAAGAGUUGAUGGUAAAUGUGCUGAAACAGCGGGAAAGACUGAAGAGAAAAUUAAAUUCAACUCCAUGGAAAAGAAGCCACUAAUGAAGGCCCUGUCCAGAACUGCACAAGAGCCACUUGUCUCUGAUAUCUCUUCUGCUGCCACUCUUGCCUCCACAGGGGACACAGGCACUGGGUUGAGCAUGACACAAGCUAAUGGUGUUGAAGCUCCAGUUGUUGAUAAUGGGUUUGCGGAUGGCAGUUCUUCUCUGGGUGAGAGUAAAUCGGAGAAGGCAGAUGAACUUUCAGCAAGGAGCUCUCCUGCAAAGCUUGGGCGGAAGCCAUUUGUGAUUGAUGAAAAUCGACGAGCAACUUACAAUAUGUCUGAGCAACAGUCUGUGAUUGAACCUGACUCUAUGUUUGAUGUUUAUGAGGGCGAGAUGAGGCAGCUGGUUGCUGUUGGACUCAAUGCAGAGGACUCAUAUGCAAGGAGCUUGGCUCGUUUUUCUGCUUCCCUUGGGCCCAUUGCCUGGGAAAUAGCUUCUAAGACAAUUGAGAAGGCAUUACCUGCUGGAGUAAAAUUUGGCCCUGGAUGGGUCAGGGAAUUUGAGCCACUUCAGACACCUGUUCUGUCUCUUGAAAACCACAACCAGAGGCAGCUAGGUUUGAAUCCAGACAUUCAGUUUAAGUUGGCAUCAAGAAAGGAUAAGGAGGCUAAAGAGAGAUUGCAAGCCACCCAAAAUUGUGAAUCUAAGGACAUCAGAUUGGGUCGUAAGAGACAGAUAACCACUGGAGUAUCGAAUAAAGCAUGUAAUCUUGUGAAGGGAAGAGAUUAUCAUCAAAGAACUACAAAACUGAAGCAGGGUUUGUCUGGUGUUACUGCUGAAACCCAACCCAGUGUCGCUGGUGCUGGAUUCCAGCUGCAGAAGAAGGCAACUGUUAAUUCUGCUAAGGCUCACACUAACGUUUCAGAGCAUGUCCGACCACGGCAUUCGACCUCUGUGAGUGGAAUUCCUGUUGAAACAGCUUUGCAAAGACCUGAUAAUCAUUCUGAACCUGCAAGUUUUAGGUCACCUGGGAUAAUUUCAUGGGACUGGAACAAUGGGCAGCCUGGACAUCUAAAACAGCCAGAAGCAGCGGCAUUACAAAGUAGAAAUGAGGUUUUGAGCAUGGAAUUCUGGAAAUUGAGUAAUGGGAAAGCAACAGGGAACUCUGGUAGUUGUAGACCGGGUACUACUUUGGGACUUAUCUCCGAGCAUCAGCCAGGAACUGCAGGUAACUUCCUUGCCUGCGGUAGUCUUGAGCAGGGGAUCAACAAUCAUUCAAGAUUAAUUGGUUUGCAGAUAUUCAACCAGCCAAAUAUUUCGAACAAAGUCAUUGAUGCUCCAAAACCCUUUUCUUCAGCUGUCAUUCCAUCUGGCAGAGAGAAUACCAGUGCUGCAGCAGCUGCUGCUGCCCGAGCAUGGAUGUCUAUUGGAGCUUCAGCAGAGUGUAAAGCAGUUGCUGGUAAGGGACUUCCAAACAACCAAGUAGGAUUUGCAUCUCUUCAUAAAUUUGCUUGGAAAACCCCUAACUCACCUUCAGGGAUUCAUGAAGAUUCUAAGACAAGACAUGUGCCUCAAUUCUUCCAGCAACCCAACCAGGUUACCAGUGAAGAAUCUAAGGUUCAUGACAAAGAAUUGGUUAUUUUUCCCCAGUUAGUUGCAACGGACUUAAAAAGAUUUCAUGGCCAGUCUCCAUGGCAAGGUCUAAUUCCCCAAACCGAGCAGAAGCAGAGUAAGGAUGUGCACCCUCCAGACUUAAACAUAAACAUUGGUUUCCAGCUUCCUGGGUCCCCUGUUCAUCAAUCGGCAGGCAUUCAUAAGGACUCUCAGCAACCUGACUUGGCUUUGCAGCUGUAGAUUUUGGAUGUUGUGCUUCUUCUUCUUGUGGUUUAGUUUAGUGCAGGCAGGUAUGGAGGAAAUAGCAGCAACUGGUAAUGCUAAUUGUUUGAAAGGACUUGCAUGUGGAUCUAGAAUUAGAUGAUAUCUGCCGAGUUGUGCCAGUUAGAAUGCUGCAAAUAUAUCCUAGCAUAAUAAUGAUCACAAGAAGAUGGUUCAUCGUAGUUGAAUCCGAUAAUGUGCAACUAGUUCAGGCUUGUGUCAUAUUUUGGCUUCAAAUUCAUCUUAUGGGAAAGAUAUCUUGCUGCGAAUGGAUAGAAAAAAAAAUUCUUUAGGCCAUAUUUGUGGGUGAAUUUGUUGGUGGGACAGCCUUGGCUCGUCUAUUGCUGCACGUUAUUGAUAGGCAUCACAGUGGAUGUGGCUUGGGGAGUGAUAUUGCAUGAAUUUACACAGCAGUGUUAGUUGUUCCAGAAAUUCUCCUGUGAGCUAGGAGAUGAAGCAUUUUGAUGGAAAGCUUUGUAAAUCAUUUUAGGUUGAAAUCCUUGCUUAUGUUUGAGCUUCUUUUCAGUACCAGCAUGGUUUACUACAUCCCUAUAUAUCCAUAUUAUCAUGUAUGAUCCGCUGUAAAUUGUCAGAUAGAAUAGCAGUAGUUGUUGCUUUUUGAAUGAAUGGGUUGUCUGCAUCUUAAAUGCCUUAAAAGAAAUGGUUUGUUACUUCA